AUGGCUCUCCCAAACAAUAUUUUUAAAGGGGGAAAAUCAUCGAAUGACUGCUCCCGCCUAAGUGAGGCGGAAGGGAGUGUCAGACUCUUACUGACUAAAAACCACCCCGUUCCUUCUCCUGCACGUCGAGCCGGAGCCCCGGUUUUCUCCUGUGUCGUGGGUACCUUUACAAACAUACAAGUUCACAUACACAUCACACCCAGACCCGAAACAACAAUUUGUGGAUCACACAAAGUUCUUAUGUUCCGUGCGGGAAUCGAACCCGCGACACGUUGCACGGCAGCCGGUUGCCCAGCCACCGCACCAACCGUGCAGUCAAUUGAAACUUACCUGGGUGAGGCGGAAGGGAGUGUCAGACUCUUACUGACUAAAAACCACCCCGUUCCUUCUCCUGCACGUCGAGCCGGAGCCCCGGUUACCCUUUUUUUAUGGCAUAAGCCGGUAAACGAGCAGACGGAUCACCUGAUGGUAAGCAAUCGGCGUCGCCCAAGGACACCUGGAACACCAGAGGCGUUACAAGUGCGUUACCGGCUUUUUGGGGAUUAG